AUGAAGAAGGCUGGUGGUCUUUCUAGAGUCCGUACAGCGCAGUCGAAGCCAACUAACCGGUUGCCGGAAGGCAAAGCAGUAAAGAGCGGAACUAAACGGAACAAGCUGGACACGUCCAAAACGGGCACGGGACGACAACCCAGCGAACCACCUCGACGGAAAGACCAGAACGCUGAGCACAAGCCCAAGGGGCCGCAGCUCAAGGGAUCUCAGUCCAAGAGGCCGGGAUCCCAUAACUCACAAUCCAAGGGGCAACAGCUUAAGAGGCCGCAGUCUAGGGGACAACAGCUCAAAGGGUCGCAGUCCAAGGGGCCGCAGAACAAAGGGGCAAAGCGCCCUGAGGAGCACAUGCCCGAAGGCGUUGACAAGGACUUGGGCAAGAUUUUGAAGCAGGUUCAAGCGUCACUGGAUGCACAGAAAGUCGCCGCUGCGGUUAAGGGUGGGAAGAAAACUAGGAUCAAGGGCAAGGGCAGGUUCGAAGUGUCGGAUGCGAAGACGCUGGCUGCUAUAAACUCAGUAAGGAAGGACAAGACGAAGAAGGCUCAGCCGCAACCGACAGGAGAGCCCACAACGGUGGCCGCCCGGCAGAAGGUGUUGAGUAGGUCCAAAGUGGAGAGAGAAGGGAACCCUGUGUUCAAGGCGUUAUUGCAGGAACACCGCCGAGCAGGAAAGGAUGGCGAAGACGAGGUCGUAACCGAGACUUUAGAGGACAUCCAGCGACUCAUGGAGUCCUUGGGUGACCCGCUUGACCCCCAGAACGACGAGCCCGGUGUUCUGGGUACUGCCACACCUUCGCGCAAAGGCGUUCAUGGAGAGGAACAGUAUAUAGACGAGGACGACGACUUUCCUUCUGACUUCGACGAAACACAACAGAGCACAGCCCAACAGAGCACAGCCCACGGGGGGAAUAAUGGAGGGGAUUCGUCCGCGUAA